GCCCCCCCUAUUUUGCCACAUCAUAUCCGGCUCGAUGGGUUUAGGAUCUAGCCAAGCCUUGGUCUCCUCCCAACAUCCGGGGUGUGCAGCUGCUCGACGGCGACAGGGUGGGGAAUCGGAACGUUACGGGGGAACCAAGCGGUGCAACUGGUCAGCCCCCGGGCAUGUUUGCUGCGUUGUCUAGGUUAGGGCCGUGCAAGCCGAACCAACACGUCAACACCUGCGGUGAGACAUGGCUGGGGGGGGGGAGCUACGACUGCGAGGGAACUGUGAGAGAGACGGGGGGGACAAUGGGCAUGUUGUACCAGGAUCAAUACCAAGUGUCACCGCUACAUGCCUCUCGGACUCUCCGAGUACUCUCCUCGUCCUGCAUGCUCGACGCCAACUCGACGAGCUUAUUGCCCCUCCACAAAUCAGCGACCAGUGGUCAUCUAUCCAUCCUUGAGCAGGUCGACUUGCUUCGACCUCCACAUUGUCUCCACCUCACCCUCCCCCUCUCCCCCUCUAAAACUCCAUAUGUACCCGUCUAUGCCUAUCAUCGGAGACCGGUCGAGAGGGAGAUCCGCCUCACCUAGGGCGCACAGCUCCGAAGGUCUAUCACUGCAGGUUGGCGGGACCAUGGUAUACUUUACGUACUCGACAACGAGAAGCCAAACCCGCCAGUACAGUAAGGUACCCCAACCUCGCGCGACCGCUCCCCCCCCCGGCGGUCCUGCAGGAAAACGUGUCGUGUCCCCAUGCAGGCCAAGAAGGCUGCCUGUGUGGCCGCACAGCAGGGGCGGCCGGGGGAGAUCCCAUGACCACCGCCAUUUAAGGACAGCCAAUAUUGAAGAACAACAACAGCAGCAGCAGCAGCAGCAUCACUUAGGCAGGAGCCGUCCCCACGACGAAGUGAGUGGGGUGUGGAUGUGGGGAGGUACACUGCGCGAGUUGGGCGUACUGUACCGCCCGUUAUCUCUGUGCUCACAUGCCUGUGACCGGUCUGGCCGCUUUCGUUGACCUGCCCCCCCCUAUUUCCACGGAAUCACCUUCCGUUGAGGUGGUCUUUCACGUGCCAAGCCUGGGGGAUAGAUGAUAUGCUCCGGUUGCCAGCGGAUAGUUAUCCA